UCUGGCAUCAUUAAUUUUGAACUGACGCUGUUUUAUUAUAAAAGUUGUUUGAUUUUGUUUGAAUCUGUUAAUUGUGCGACAAAAAUAAAGACGUUGACAAAAUUGUUAUAAGCAUUCUAUUAAAGGAUGUCUGACGACAGUAGUAGCAUAAAUGAAUUUGCCGAAUAUUUGAACAAUGAAGGCUGUGAUGGAAAACGCUUUGCAGAUUUCGUGCUAAAAAAGGCUGGUGGUACUCGUCCACAUAGGAUAUUUCCCGAUGUAUAUUCAGACAGCGAUAGCAGUAGUUUCAACGUGCAGCUGGAAAAAAUUACUACUCCAUUAUUGGAAACGGCGACUUCGCAAGAAAAACCCUUAAAUGCUGCUACUGUUGCAAAUGAAAUAAUUCAUGAUACUCAACCUUCAACUGCACCGCGUAAUGUACAUAAUGUGCAUUCACCCACUAAAAAAAGUGGUGGACGUCCGCAUUCAGAUAAUCUUCGAAGAUAUAGUCUUAAACGACUAACAAGCGUACGGAAAAGACGACAGUUAAUUAAGGAAUUUGAAAGCACACUUAAUGAAGUGGAUUUUGACCCACAUAUAUGCAGUACACCAAUGAACACAAGACAGGACAGUGAAAACAAUCAAAGUCGACAAGAAGUUAAUGAAAAAAAGUCUAAUUCAAAUUGUCAUACUUUGCCAACUCAUGAAACCGCACCUUUAAAGGCAUCCCAAAUUAACAUAUCAAUUUCAGAUAAUCUGAUGUGCUGUCUACACAAUAAAGACGAUGAACUGAAAAAAUUGUUGAAUGAUCACAUUAAUGCUCAGCAAGACUCGAAUAAAAGUAAUUGUGCGAACUGUUCUAAUAAAUCUAUUGCAACGGAUUCUCCCAAAUUACAACGUACAUUCAAUAUUGAAAAAGGGACAAAUCCAGGAGAAAUCAUUUUAUCACCAGUACAUACGACACUUCAAGAAUGCCAACAACAACAAAACCUAACACAAAAUACAUUAACUGGAGUAUCAACAAGGGGCGUAUCAAGAAAUAAUCUUCAACCAAAUCGUACAUACAACCUAACAUUGCGUGCCAAAGAAUUACGAGUUUUACAAGAAUCCAAAAAUAAUAUAAUUCAAAAAGAAAAUAUAUCUAAUGCCGAAAGAAAUGUAUCAAAUAGUUUACAAAAUAUUGAACAUCUGAAUAAUUUAAAUCAAUCCUCAAGUUUAAACUAUCAAAACAUUGUUGACGAAGAUGAAGUUGUUAUACCUCAGACCCAAGAAUGUGAAAAUCCUACUCGAAAUAUAUCAACAAGAAAUAAAAAUAGUGCAAAUACUCUAAAUACUUUGAAACGUUCUUCAAUACACAGUCAACGAAAUAGAGAUAUCACAACACAUAGUAAUAUAAUUAUACCUGAAACUCAGAAUAUUACACGAAAUUUGUCAAAAGUUUCCUUUGAUGAUAGAAAUGUGCCAGAUCAUAGUUAUGUUGUUAAUAAGUCAUCACAUGUAAAUCGAAGAAACAGAAACGGAUCAGUUAAAAGUCUUAAUUUAAACACAAACACCAGGCUUAGUAAGACAAAUGUAGAAACUAACGCUACAAAUGUGUUUGAAAAAAGCAACUUAAAUAAUUUAUUAACAGAUGACGAAAAUGAAUCUGUUGUUGAACAAGAAAUUUGUAAAAAGGACUCUAGUAGUGCACCCUUAAACUUAGCUUCUAGAAGAUUACGGCCACGACAUUCUAUAAAAGCAAAGCAAAUGCAUGUUGGUAUUCCUAUUGCUCAUCCACUGAAAUUGGAAGCUAAGAAAACGGGCAUACAAUCACUAAAACAAAAAAUACCAUUAAACAAAGCACCGAAUACUCCAAUUAAUGGCGAAAAAUUUGCCGAUGAAAUUAAAUCUCAAUUAGUUCGUUUGACAAAUAAUGAAAUACUUGACUUACGGAAGCGGAACUCACUUGGUAAAAUUUAUACAGUUAAUAGUACAAAUUUAACAAAACAACAAGAGUUAAAGGAGAAACAGCAAUUAUUAGAAAAGGAAAUUGAAAAUGAACUAAGAAAUCGUUCAUUACAUUAUGUUUCAAACAAACAUUCAAGACAUGUAUUAAAUACAAGUUCGGAGGAACUAUCCAAUACAUAUGUUGAACUGUUUUCGGUACCAGAUGUAUUUAAAGAUGUAAAUAGACAAAAUAAAAGUAUUCAGUUGUCAAAUACAGAGGAAAAUAAUAUUGAGAGACGAUUUGGUGAAAAAGAUCGUAAGAUUAAAAAAAAAUUAACUGUUAAACAUGUUAUUUUGAAUAAUGUGGAUACACAAAACAAAGGCAGUACGAUAUUAAACGGUGAAGAAUUGAGAUAUCUAUGUUCACAGGAAGAUAAUGAUGAGAUUUUAAUUCCGGAUACACAGCAUAAAGAGUGUCAAUUGGAAUUGGAAGAUAUGUAUACGAAGGAACAUACUGAUGAGAUUUUAAUUCCAGAUACACAAAACAAAGAGGGUCCAAUUUUAAACGCUGUUGAAGUAGAAGAUGUGUGUACACAGAAAGAUAAUACUGAGAUAGUAAUUCCAGAAACACAAAACAAAGAGGGUUCAAUAUUAAACGCUGUUGAAUUAGAAGAUGUGUGUAUACAGAAAGAUAAUACUGAGAUAGUAAUUCCGGAUACACAAAACAAAGAUUGUCCAAUAUUAAACGCUGUUGAGUUAGAAGAUGUGUGUACACAGAAAGAAAAUAUUGAGAUAGAAAUUCCGGAUACACAAAACCAAGAUUGUUUAUCAUUAAAUAAUAAAGAAUUGGAAGAUAUGUGCGCACAGGAAAAAAACGCUGAGAUAAAUGCGGGUACGCAGGAUAAAAAUAUAAUAUCAUCAAAUGAAGAAAUGUUGACAAUUAUAUCCUCACAGGAAGAUAAAAAUGAGUUCUUGGCUGGCAAUAAGUCGGAUUUAAAUCAAAUUUCAUUUCUUCCUCGAAAUGAAAUUCCUAGCAAUGGUAGAAAAAAUACUAAAAAAACUAAAAACAAAAAACGGCAAAUUUCAGAGGAGACUCAAAAUUAUAUUACAAUAAAAGAGCGCUUAAAAAAACGACCUAAAAAUAGUUUUUCAAAACGUUCACUUUACUCGAAAGGAUUUUCUGAUUCAGAGAAUUCAGAUGUGACGUCAUUUCAAAAUGAGUGUUCUAUAAUGGAAAACAAUAGCAGCAAUUAUAUUCCUGUAGCUACAGUACCAUCAACACCAUUACUACCACCACCCUCAACACCAUCGUUACCACCACCAUCAACACCAUCACUACCACAACCAUCAAGACCAUCACCACCAUCAUUAGAAAUUGCGGCAGGUUCCGUACCUAAGAGUACAAAAAAUGAUGAUGAAAUCUUUAGAAAACCUGUUGCACCUGCACCUAAAACUAGAUCUAAAAUACGUAAACCUAUUGAAUUGCCUACUACUACUGAAUGUACUUCAGAAAACGAUCAAACUGUUCGAAGAUCAAAACGUGGACAUGUACCAUUAAAGACUACUACACCUUAUGUUCGUAUGUUAAAAGAAAUGAUGGAAAAAUCAGAACUAGCAAAAAAUAAACGUGUGAAUACAACGAAAACGGAUGCGCAAAAAACAUCAACAUAUAGUAUGAAUUCAAAUGACCUCGUUCCAAUUGCUUCUAGUACAGUUAAUACCAAAUCAAAAAGAUCAAAGAACAUUGUCAUAAAAAAUAAUAUAAAUCCAAAAAAAAAGCAAAAGAAACAAAAUCAGCAAGAACAGCAGCAAACUCCUAGCUUGCUUGGAGAUACCGACAAUGUUAAUACUACAGGAGAAUCAACUGAAAGUAGAAAUCUGCAGUUAAGAUCACCUGAUUCUGAGCCAAAUAGAGUGUUGCUGGAUGACGAAUAUCCAACAUCGUCAAUACAUACAACAAAAUCAAAUCAAGGGAAAAGAAAUAAGUCGCCAAUAUAUGAGUUCCACCAUGAAGUAUUCAAUGAACAUCAUCCUACGACACCUACUUACACAAAAAAUUCAAACCAAAAAGAAUGCAUGUCUCCAAUUAGUCGAAUUGGGGAGGAACAACAUAAUAAAGUAAAGAGUGGUAAGAAUAAAAAGUCAAAAGUGAAUGAGAACAAAAAAAAUUUAGAAAGUAGCCAUAUUGAAUUUAAUCCAGCUCCAGUUAGUGAAUUAAAUAGUAUAUUUGAUCGAUUAAAACAUGAAUCAACUGUGGAAUCACAAAUAAAUUCCCAAACAAAAACAUGUGUAAUACGCGUGCAGCGUUUAAAGAUACCAGCACAAGCCACAAAGAAUGCACUUAUGCCUAAAUCUGUAUCAAACACUGCAACACAAUCUAAUAUCGCAGUUGCAACUACCUGCUGUGAGUGUCCCAAUACUUACCCUCAAUCUGAUGGAGAACUGUUAUCAUGGUUAAAAGGCUUGAGAGAUAUUGGGAAUCCAUUCGGAAAUGAAAAAAUGUUUACAGAAAUGCACUGUUCUGCUGCCGGUAAUUUAUUAUUUACAGAUUUAGAAGGAAUUGAUUAUGCAUUUUAUGAUACUGAAGAAAAGGCUUCUUUGGGUUACUUGCGUUUUAAGCCUAAGCAAAUAAAACCUUUAAAAAGAGCUAAGAAAUUUCAUUUGCAUUUUGUUGUCCUUUCCGGUAAAUUUAAAAUUAGCACAAAUAAAGAUCAAGGUGAAUUUAAAAUGGGUGACAUGAUUGCAAUCAACAAAGGUACCCGUUAUGAAAUAAGAAACAAUGCAGAUGAGAUUGGAAUUUUAAUGGUUAUUAAAAAGUAAAAAUUAAAAUGUUUAAAAUUUAAAUA